CAGGCUGGGACAGGGAUGUGCCCCGUGGACAAAGCCCACAGGAACCAAUGCCAGGCCUGCAGACUGAAGAAGUGCCUGCAAGCAGGCAUGAACAAGGACGCCGUGCAGAACGAGCGCCAGCCCCGCAGCACUGCCCAGGUCAGACUCGACAGCAUCCCGCUGGACACAGACCUCAAGCCUGCGCACCUGGCCACCACGCGGGAGGCCCCUCCGCCGCCUUGCACCCUGGGACCUCGGGUGCCCACUCCUCCGAGUAACCACCGCUUCAUGGCCAGCCUGAUGACAGCCGAGACCUGCGCCAAGCUGGAGCCCGAGGACGCCGACGAGAACAUCGACGUGACAGGUAAUGAGCCCGAGAGGACCUCGACUGAGUACCCGAUGUCCCCCUACCCAUCCGCCAGCCCUGAGAGCGUCUAUGAAACUUCCGCCCGCCUCCUCUUCAUGGCGGUGAAAUGGGCAAAAAACCUGCCCGUCUUUGCCAAUCUGCCCUUCAGGGACCAGGUGAUUUUGCUGGAGGAAGCCUGGAGCGAGCUGUUCCUGCUCUGCGCCAUCCAAUGGUCCAUGCCCUUGGAAAGCUGCCCGCUGCUCUCUGUGCCUGAGCUCUCCCCCAACAUCCACGGGAAACUGGUGUCUGCCAGCGUGGACAUCCGCAUCCUGCAGGAAACCAUCAGCCGCUUCAAGUCCCUGACCACAGACCCCACAGAGUUUGCGUGCAUGAAGGCCAUUGUGCUCUUCAAACCAGAGACACGCGGCCUGAAGGAUCCAGAGCAGGUGGAGAACUUGCAAGAUCAGUCGCAGGUGAUGCUGGACCAACACAACCGGACACACUACCCCAGCCAGCCUGUCAGGUUUGGGAAACUGCUCCUGCUCCUUCCCUCCUUGAGGUUUAUUUCCUCAGACCGGAUCGAGCUCCUCUUCUUCCGCAGAACUAUCGGGAACACUCCCAUGGAGAAGCUGCUCUGCGACAUGUUCAAAAACUGACCUGUCCCUCUUGCGACCAGGGUCCCUUGAUGUAGGUGUUGAGGGCUUCCUGGAGCGGCACGAACACUGUAGUUCCAAGCACCUGGUUUCUAAUGCAC